AUGGUUUUCAAAAAGGCUCUAGUAUACGGCAUUUUAACUUUGACUAUAUUUAACUAUCUAAUUGCUGAAGAAGUGUCUUCACAGAGCUCAGAAUUAGAGACUAGAAACAACCAACUUCAGAAAGAACAAUGGUACAACCCUUGGUAUACUGUAACUACAUGCGACUUCGCCGUUCAGUGCCUCCUAAUAGCAUCAGUGGACAGUAAAGUGAUUCAAGGUGGCCCACCUAGCUAUCAAGAUAACCCAUCCAGCUUUCAAGGUGGUCCGCCCAGCUUUCAAGAUGGUCCGCCUAACUUUCAAGAUGAUUCACCCAGCUUUCUAGACCGCCUACACAGUUUUAUGGAUAGCUUACACAGCUUUCUAGGUACACCCGAUUUUGAAAGUGGCCCACCUCACUGGCAUGAUAACCCACCUCACUCUCAUGGUGAGCUCCCUCACUCCCAUGGCGAGCCCCCUCAUUCUCAUGGUAAGCCACCUCAGUCGCAUGACGACCCACCUCACCUUCAUACCAACCCACCUCCCUCUCAUGAUGACCCACCUCACUCUCAUGGCAAGCCCCCUCAAUCUCAAGGUGACCCACCUCACUCUCAUGGCAACCCACCUACUUCUCAUGAGACCCCGCCUCACUCUCAUGGCAACCCACCUACCUCUCAUGACGACCCACCGCACUCUCAAGGAAACCCACCUCCCUCUCAUAGCGAGCCCUCUCACUCUCAUGGCGGGCCACCUCACUCUCCUGGCGACACACCACACUCUCAUGGCAACCCACCUACUUCUCAUGAGACCCCGCCUCACUCUCAUGGCAACCCACCUACUUCUCAUGAGACCCCGCCUCACUCUCAUGGCAACCCACCUACCUCUCAUGACGACCCACCGCACUCUCAAGGAAACCCACCUCCCUCUCAUAGCGAGCCCUCUCACUCUCAUGGCGGGCCACCUCACUCUCCUGGCGACACACCACACUCUCAUGGCAACCCACCCACCUCUCAUGACGACCCGCCUCACUCUCAUGGCAACCCACCUACCUCUCAUGACGACCCAUCUCACUCUCAUAACGAGCCCCCUCACUCUCAUAGCAAGCCACCUCAUUCUCAGGGUGACCCACCUCACUCUCAUGGCAACCCACCUCCCUCUCAUGUCGAGCCAACUCAUUCUCAUGGAGAGCCUCCUCAUUCUCAUGACGAGCCACCUCACUCUCAUGGUGACCCACCUCAUCCUCAUGAUAGCCCCCUCACAUCCCAAGGCGAUCUUCAACAAAAUCAAGAUGUGUUACAAGACGAAAAAAAACCUAAUUUUCAAGGCGGCCCAUCCCAGUCAGAUAUCGGCCCAUCUAAUUCUAAUGACGGAUCUCCCACCUCUCAAGACGAAUUCUAUCAAAUCCAAAACCAACAUCAAAAUGUGUUGCAAGAAGAAUAG